UCGCGCGCCGACCGUCAUAACGGCUACACUUCUGUGAAAUCUGUGCCAGUAUACGAAGCACCCGCCCUGACGUUGAGUCCGAUUUGAGUGCACUGUGAAUUUUUAAGUGUAACAGUUUGUGUGACAAAUAAAUUGUGUAGUGCACUAUGUUGUUUUGUACGUUAUGAAUGGUUUGGAUCGCUGCUUCUUCGAUCAGCGUGAGUCGCAAUUGAAUGGAGAUGAUUGCGGUUAUAGUUAUAUAAGCCUGGGCCGGCUGCACCCGUACGGCUCGGGCAGCGGUUCGAGUGCGGGUAGCCGCCGCCGCGUUCCCCCCCACUCCCCAACGUCUACCUCGGACAACGCAUCCGACGCCACUUUAACCGACUCAGAGCUGCCUCUAGCGAGGGAUUCCACUCUGCUUGUGCAAAACGGCAUGCUGAGAUCCACCUACGACCGACCAGACCACGAACGUUGUCUUCUAGAAGGGUCUCGGCCCCCUCCCGAUGUGCCGCCCCGCAAUCCGACAAUGUCCCGUCUGAACGGGAGAAUUACCGGAAACCCCGCGGACCUUGGUGACUUCGAGCCAUCGUGUCUCGUGCGAACUCCUUCAGGAAACUUUUACGUGCCUUCGGGUGAACUCAAUACCUGGGACAUUCAAAAGAAUCCGUCUAUGGACUACAAAUCGAAUUCUUCGUGUAGUAGUCCAGGAAAACAAGAAAAAGGAACGUUAGAAAGAAUGGACAGGAGCGACAGGCAUCCAGCCUUUGGCGUGCCUGUGCCUGUGCUUCCCGUCAGGAACAACUUGAGGGCGACCCACUUCCCCCCAGCCGCUUCGCGGUUUCAUUUCAGAAAGGGCCUGUCCUCGAGAUGUUCUUGGAAAUGUACUGCCAUAGUGUUUAUAGUAUUAUUCGUUCUACUAUUAUCUAUCGCUUCUUAUAUGUCAGCCUCUUAUUUUACGGACAAUUGGUCAUAUGAGAAUGCGAAGCCUUGUUCGGUUAUAGUUGGAGAUGUAGAUAAAUUUCAAGCGUCAAAAGCCACUACGCUUGAAUCAAGUAAUAAAUCAUUGCCACGACAGCACCAGAGUUCAACAUCUUCUACCUCAGGUAAAGAAGGCGGCCUUUCGCGCGCUCGUAGAAGUGUAGACGAGCAUGCUUCUUUAUCUUCUGUUUCUGCUACGGAUUCUUCCACUGUAGAUAUGAUGCAUGAACUAAUCACUUCUCCCUCUAUGACCACUGGUAGCUUAGUGCAUGGUGUGUCAUCAGAAGUAAGUACGGAAUCUCAAGACGCCGCUUUUAAUGCUUCUGUAUUUAGUACUACGGGCGAUCUGGGGCUCAAUGUUAAUGUAACUAAUACAACGACGCUUAAUGUAAUAAAACCUGAAAUCACAAGCACAACUAAGAAUAUAUUAUCUAAAAUUGUCACUAACAAGUCGGAGAACAUGGUACAACCACCUGAAGCUACAAAACUUGACAAAGAAGAAAUAGCUUACUACCCAGAAGAGAUGCAAAGUGAUGCAUACCCCUCGAUCUACUCAUACGGUGUUCAAAAGCUUCAAUACCUAAAAUUACUAACAAGAUUGAAUGAAGUCAACGAAGAAUUGCACAUUUUCUCAAAUGAUACUGAAGAAAUACUUGAAAAACCUGAAAAGUAUCACUACGACAAUAAAGCACCAAAAAUGACAUCACUUUCACCAGAACGCACAAAUAAACCUACCAACCAACUAACAACCAACUCUCCAAUGUUGUUAACUAGCAAAAAAAGUGUGACGGACUCUAAUGUUUUUACAACUCAUAGUGAUAAAAUACCGCCUAAUUCUGAUGCAUUAUUAACAGUUACUACCCAGAGCACAUCUUCUACUAGUGUGAAUAAUACAAAAGCUUCCUCAACUACCUCCAGUACAGAAAAAUCCACAGCAAAUGAUGCUACUGAACCUAAAACUUCAGAUACAUCUGUAAAUACAAAGCAUGUUUUGAUUAAUUUAACCAUAUCCUCUGAUGAUGCAGACAAUUCAUACAAACCUCUUUAUUCCUUAACGUUCACAGUCCCAACAGCUGGUGAUACGAAUGAAAUUCCUACAGUCAAAAUUACACCAAUGGACUUAGAACCUACAGCACCAACUAAUUUCAACAAGCCUGUGAUAAUUGAGAACCCGAAAACAGCAACUAAAGCUGAUGAUUGGGGAGGUAGUUGCGAGUGUUCUUGUCCAAUAUGUGAGAGUAGCUUAUCUGCUGAAGACUUUUAUGAUGAGGGAAUAGACAAGACAACGCCCACUAACAGAGAUCAAACAGAUUUUUCUACAGAUUCUACGGAAAAAGAUUAUGUCACCACAGAGACAAUAGAAACCCAAUAUACAACAGAUAAAGAUUAUUCAACUGAAAAUCUAACAACUAUUAUAACGACGGAACCUACACCAGGUGAAGUGCUCACGACAGAAGACAUAAUAAAUACAAGUAGUGACGAAACUAUAACAGAAUAUGACACUAUUUCAACCACUGAAGUGCCUCUUUCAUGCGUCUGUCCAAAGGUUAUGCCUCCACCAAUCUUAGUAUUGGAAGGUGCGCGAACGUUCCCAAUGCAGACCUUCCCUCCUGACGGAACGACAUUCAAACAAAUUACUUUAGGUGAAAAAUUAUCAAAAGAAAUCCCUCCAUAUAGCUACUGGAAUAUGCAGUUCUAUCAGUCGGAAGCCUCUUAUGUGAAAUUCGACUACAUGAUACCGAGGGGAGCGUCGAUAGGUGUGUACGCGAGGCGGAACGCUCUACCGACACAUACACAGUAUCACUUUUUGGAAGUUCUAAGCGGAUUUAAGGCUAGAACUACGAGAGCAUCACACCCGUCGAUAAGGAAAGAAGUCACACAUUACAUGGAACAAGGACAUUGGUUUCUCUCUCUUUACAACGACGAUGGAGAUCCACAAGAGAUUUCGUUUAUCGCAGUGUUAGCUGACUAUCUUACUCACAGCUGUCCAAAUGGCUGCUCAGGAAAAGGUGAAUGCCUGAUGGGACAUUGCCAAUGUCAGCCUGGCUUUGGUGGGGAUGAUUGUAGCGAAAGUGUAUGCCCUGUUUUGUGUAGCCAACGCGGUGAAUACAUCAAUGGAGAGUGUCAAUGCAACCCCGGAUGGAAAGGCAAGGAGUGUUCCCUACGACACGAUGAGUGCGAGGUCCCUGACUGCAAUGGUCACGGACACUGUGUCAAUGGAAAAUGCUCAUGUGUCAGAGGAUACAAGGGGAAAUUCUGUGCGGAAGUGGACUGCCCGCAUCCGACAUGCUCCAGCCACGGGUUCUGUAUUGAAGGAUCUUGUGUAUGCAAGAAAGGAUGGAAGGGUUUGGAUUGCGCCACAAUGGACAAGGAUGCGCUGCAGUGCCUCCCUGAUUGUUCGGGACAUGGGACGUUUGAUGUGGACACACAAACUUGCUCCUGUCACGCGAGAUGGUCGGGCGACGACUGUUCCAAAGAGGUGUGCGACCUGGAUUGCGGUCCUCACGGAAGAUGCGUCGGCGAGUCGUGCGUAUGUGACCAAGGCUGGACAGGCGAAUUCUGCACCUCAAAACUGUGUGACCCUCGCUGCAGUGACCAUGGACAAUGCAAAAAUGGCACUUGUCUAUGCGUUUCUGGGUGGAACGGAAGGCAUUGCACGUUAGAAGGCUGCCCGAGAGGCUGUGCUGGCCAUGGUCAGUGCCGCGUAGCGAAUGAUGGCCAUUGGGAGUGCAAAUGUUUCGAUGGAUGGGAUGGACCUGACUGUACGACGCUCAAGGAGCAGAUAUGUGACGAUUCUAAGGAUAAUGAUAAAGACGGCCUUGUCGAUUGCGAGGACCCCGAAUGCUGUCAGAGCGCCGCCUGCAAGUCCAGCCAACUGUGCGUCUCUUCUCCUAAACCAACUGACAUUCUUCUCCGGAAGCAGCCACCAGCCAUCACGGCUUCAUUCUUUGAACGAAUGAAGUUCCUCAUUGACGAAGGAAGUCUCCAGAAUUACGCGAAACAGGAGACAUUUAAUGAGAGUAUGUUUUGGAAUCACUUCAACACGAGCCGAUCCGCCGUUAUCCGAGGUCGUGUGGUAACGUCCCUUGGAUCAGGAUUGUUGGGCGUCCGAGUCUCAACUUCGACUCCACUUGAAGGCUUUACUUUAACUAGAGAGGAUGGCUGGUUUGAUCUGCUUGUGAAUGGUGGAGGUGCGGUGACCUUACACUUUGGGAGAGCGCCUUUUAAGAGGUCCACACAAGUUGUCUUCGUGCCAUGGAAUGAGGUGGUAAUAAUCGACGAAGUAAUUAUGACGACAUCGGAUGAAAAGAGUGGCAUGGGACCUCCCCAAGCUUGUCUCGCUCACGACUAUGACGCGAUGAAGCCUGUGGUGCUGGCCACUUGGAAGCAUGGCUUCCAAGGCGCCUGUCCCGAUAAGAGUGCUAUUUUAGCUGAAUCUCAGGUUGUGCAAGAAAGCCUCCAAAUACCAGGCACAGGCCUUAACCUGGUCUACCACAGUUCCCGAGCAGCUGGAUAUCUCUCCACAAUACAACUGCAAUUAACCCCUGAGAAAGUGCCACCAACCCUUGCCCUCAUCCACCUGCGUAUUACCAUCGAAGGCAUCCUCUUCGAGAAAACCUUUGAGGCGGAUCCAGUGAUCAAAUUCACGUAUCCAUGGAACAGGUUGAACGUGUACAGGCAGAGGGUCUACGGUGUUACGACGGCUUUAGUGAAAGUUGGCUACCAGUACACGGAUUGCAAGGAUAUUAUCUGGAACGUGCAAACGACGAAAUUGAGCGGCCAUGAUAUGAGUAUUUCUGAUGUCGGUGGAUGGAAUCUGGAUAUUCAUCAUCGAUACAAUUUCCAUGAAGGUAUCCUCCAAAAGGGUGACGGCACAAACAUCUACCUGAAGCACAAGCCGCGUCUGAUCAUCACCACAAUGGGCGACGGCAGACAACGGGCCUUGGAGUGCUCCUCGGAGUGCAGUGGCUCAGCCACCAGGCAGCGUCUUUUGGCCCCCGUGGCUCUUACUGCAGCUCCAGAUGGCAGCAUCUUCGUGGGAGACUUUAAUCUGGUUCGCAAGAUCAACACUGAUGGCUCCGUCAGGACCGUUGUGAAACUCAAUGCUACUCGCGUUUCCUACCGUUACCACAUGGCACUAUCACCUCUCGAUGGCACACUCUACAUCUCCGACCCGGAGUCACACCAAAUCAUUAAGGUCCGAAACACAGAUGACUUUAGCGACCCAGAGAGGAACUGGGAAACCGUCGUGGGUUCAGGAGAAAGGUGUCUGCCUGGAGACGAAGCUCACUGUGGAGAUGGAGCUUUAGCCCGUGACGCCAAGCUGGCCUAUCCUAAGGGCGUGGCUGUAUCUACGGACAACGUUCUAUACUUCGCCGACGGCACCAACAUCAGAAUGGUGGAUAGAGACGGAAUUAUAACUACAGUGAUCGGCAACCAUAUGCACAGGGCUCACUGGAAACCCAUCCCCUGCGAGGGCACCUUGAGCGUUGAGGAAGUUCACUUACGAUGGCCGACGGAGUUAGCUAUCAAUCCUUUGGAUAACAGUCUCCAUAUCAUCGACGACCACAUGAUCCUCCAAAUGGCUCCCGACGGCCGAGUGAAAGUGAUCGCCGGAAGGCCGUUGCAUUGUCCGUCGCCGCUCACCGGAUAUGACAUGGAAUUGGCCACUUAUGCCACUCUAGUCAUGCCACAGAGCAUAGCGUUCGGUGCGGCUGGAGAUUUGUACGUUGCGGAGAGCGACUCGCAGAGGAUCAACAGAGUCAGGUUGAUCACGACGGAUGGAAAGAUUUCACUUUACGCCGGAGCCGAAUCGAAAUGCAACUGCUUGGAGAGAGGAUGCGAUUGCUUCGAGGCCGAUCAUUUCUUAGCGUCCAACUCCAAAUUCAAUACGAUUUCUGCGGUCACGGUCAGCCCCGACGGAAUCGUCCAUAUCGCGGACCAGGCCAACUACAGAAUUCGAUCCGUAAUGGCGAGCAUUCCCGACGCAAGCGGAGCGAGAGAGUAUGAAAUUUAUUCACCAGAUACGCAGGAGACUUACAUAUUCAACAGAUUUGGUCAACACGUGAUGACGAAAAAUAUUUUGACCGGCGAAAACAACUACGUAUUCACGUACACCGUUAACACCAGCAACGGAAAGCUCAGCACGGUCACAGACGCCGCUGGAAAUAAAGUAUUCUUACUGCGCGACUAUUCGAGUCUCGUCAAUUCAAUCGAAAACACCAAGGGACAAAAGUGUAGAUUGAAAAUGUCGCGAAUGAAGAUGCUUCAAGAAUUAAGAACGCCGGAUAACUUCAACAUGACCUUCGAUUACCACGGAACAACAGGUCUAUUGAAAGCCAAAUACGACAGCACCGGCCGCAGCUACAUCUACAAAUACGAUGAAUUCGGUAGAUUGACUUCAGCCGUGACUCCUACCGGUAGAAUCAUAACUCUAACAUUCGAUCUAAGCCUGAAGGGUGCCACUGUCCUCGUCAGCGAAAACAACAAGAAGCCUACUUCAAUUCUCAUCAAGGGAUCGUCUGUCAUCACUAAAGUUGGCGAGGCGGAAAAGAAGACUAUAAUCUCUACUGACGGCAGUAUUUCAUCUAGUAUGCCCUGGGGUCAGGUGAUUUCGACGGACACCGUCCCGUACACGAUAUUAUCAGAAAUCGACCCGAUCUUGGGAGAAAGUUACCCUGUCCCUGCAAAGCAGAGGACCGAAGUCGGUGGUGAUUUGGCGAACCGUUUCGAAUGGAGAUAUUUCUUACGAAGACUUCAGUCUAAUAAAGGAAAGAGCAGUAAAGCAGUCGCACAGAUUGGGCGGAAAUUGAGAGUGAACGGGGAAAAUCUACUCACACUUGAAUACGACCGAGAUACCUCCACGGUAGCAAUAUUUAUGGACGACAAAGUGGAACUGUUAAACGUUACCUAUGACAGAAUGGCCAGGCCGGUACGCUGGGGACCGAGAAGCGGAAUAUUUGCUGAAGUUGAGCUCGAUUAUGAUAGGUUCAAUAGAUUGACAAGCUGGCGGUGGGGAGAACUCAACGAAACCUAUGGCUUCGAUAGAGCGGGAAGACUGCACGAGAUUCGCUACGGCGAUGGGUCAUCCCUAGCCUACUCUUUCCGAGACAUGUUCACCAGCCUACCGCUUAAGGUUACGACGCCAAGAGGUAGCGACUAUUUACUUGACUACGAUGACUCAGGUGCACUGCAGAAUCUUACCACACCACGAGGACAUAUUCACACUUUCGCACUAAUGACUUCUCUAGGCUACUUCAAGUACCAAUACUUUUCUCCGAUGAACAGGCAUCCAUAUGAGAUUCUGUACAAUGACGAUGGAUAUAUCUUAGCCAAGAUAUUCCCGCACCAAUCUGGCAAAAUCUUAUACGUCUACGACAACUCUGGUAAAUUGGAAACAGUACUUGCCGGAGCCUCGGCUAUUCGUUACGUGUACCACGAAAAUACUCAUCUCGUUAAAAAUGUUGAGAUAUCAGACCCCGAUUACGAAUUGAGGCAAGAUUAUAAGUAUCACGCUGGAAUUCUCAAAGACGAAAAAAUGAAGUUUAAUUCCAAGAGCGGCAUCAAUAACGCUCAUAUCAAAUAUCAAUACGACGGCAAUGCGCGACUUUCGACGAUCGACGUGAACAUAAACAGUAAAGAAAUGCCGCAACUUAGAUUGAAGUACAACCAGAAUUUGGGUAUUCUUGAAGCCGUAAGCGAUUUGCGAAUCUACAGAAACACCUUUAAUAGAUCCGUAAUGCAAGAUACCAGCAAGCAAUACUUCACGAUAACGGAUUACGACGACCACGGCAGAAUUAAAACUAUUCUCAUGAAUAUCAAAUCUUAUGAUGUCUUCCGUCUAGAAUUGGAGUAUGACGUCCGGAAUAGGAUAAAAUCAAAGAAAAUGAUGAUCGGCGACACUUCUUCGAACGAACGAAUCAGUUACAACUAUGAUGGCCACCUAAUGGAAGUCGUAGCGUCUGAAGAUGACUGGAAGUACGUUUACGACGAGAACGGUAACGUUAUUGGAGUGAUUGAACAUGGAGAGAAACGAUACCUCGGCUACGAUAUUGGAGAUAGAGUUGUACAAUAUGGUGACAUUGAGUACAGCAGUUACGACGGCAGAGGAUUUGUCAUUCGCCGUGCCGAACAGAAGUACAGAUACAAUUCCCGCGGACAAUUCGUCCACGCAUUCGAAAGAGAUAAGUUCCAGGUGUGGUACUACUACGAUGACAGAAAUAGAUUAGUUGCGUGGAAAGACGAUAAAGAAAAUAUAACACAAUUCUUCUACACAAAUCCACAGUCGCCUAACUUAAUCACUCAUAUGCACUAUCCUAAGACGGAGAAAACGGUGCGAUUCCUGUACGACCAGAGAGAUUUCUUAACUUGCAUCGAGACUGAAGACCAACGUUUUUAUGUCGCGACGGAUCACAACGGCUCACCUCUCGCCGUAUUCGACGUGAACGGCGAAAUCGUGAAGGAAAUUAAACGUACACCAUUCGGAAAGAUCGUCAAAGACACAAAUCCCGGAUUCUAUGUUCCUGUAGAUUUCCAAGGAGGACUUUUGGAUUUCAACACCAAUUUGAUAUAUCUCGAGAACCGCUUAUAUGAUCCGUUCGUUGGACAAUGGAUGACGCCGAACUGGGAGCAUCUCGCCACGAAACUCAGUCUUCCUACUGACAUCUUCAUCUAUAGGUUUAGAAAUAAUGAUCCUAUUAACAGAAAACAGAAUGUUCCAUACAUGACCAGCUUGUCCAGUUGGUUGCAACUUUAUGGGUAUGACUUGACGAAGAUGAUGGGUGCGAAGUACAUCACAGAUAUGAUAUUUACUCCAAAGACAUCGGUCACUGCACCUCAACUUGCGCCUGAUUUCGGGGUGAUGUCCGGACUACAGUGCAUUAUUGAAAAGGUUAACGACAAACUGUCGGAUAUAGAGUUCGUACCGACACCAUUACUAAAGAUGGAACCUAUAACACGGAACUUACUACCUCGUGUCUCGUACAAACGUGGAGUAUUCGGCGAAGGAGUUUUGAUUUCUCGCGUCGACGGCCGAGCCUUUAUCAGCGUCGCAGACGGCGCGAAUAGCGUAGUCGAAGACGUUAUCACCACUGUCUUCAAUAACUCAUUCUUUUUGGACGUACACUUUAGUAUACACGACCAGGAUGUCUUCUACUUUGUUAAGGAUAACUCCCUUAAAGUGAGAGAUGAUAUGGACGAGCUGCGACGCUUGUCUGGAAAGUUCAACGUCUCGCAAGACGAGACUAAUGAUCAGGGACUAGAGGUUCGAGUACACGCAGUGGGCAAGGGCUCAGCCCAAGCGGUCAUAGUUCUACGAUACGGAGUCGAUCCCGCCCAGGAAAGGAUAAAACUCCUGAAGCACGCGCACAAACGAGCCGCCGCCAGAGCCUGGGAAAGAGAAAAGGCUCUAGUGGCCGCCGGAUGGGAAGGAAGAGGUUCGUGGACCGAAGAGGAGAAGGAGGAGCUGAUCUCGCACGGCAUUGUGGACGGAUGGGCGGCCAGGGACGUCCACUCCGUGUCCAAAUACCCGCAGCUGGCGGACGACCCCGCGAACAUCGUGUUCGUGCGCGACGGAAGACGCAAGAGGAGAAAGAGUGGCCGCGCCCGCCACCGCUCGUGACUUCCUUAACGUGCCAUUUUCAUUUGGGAUUUUCACUUCGAGGACUGAAAUGCGAAAGAGUAAAAUAGGCUGUAGGCGUCGUUCGCUUCACGUACUUAUCGAAUCUCGUUUUUUAUUCCGCCCUACCUCUGAUUUUACAGGGUAAUUACGACGGGCAUAAUAACGAUUAUACUCAUACGAUCACAAUUUUCUACCUUUUUACAUUGUUUUACAUCUAUAUACGAUCGCUUAGAUUAUUUUAUCGUGUAUUCCUAACAUAUUUUAGCCAAAUAUUUCUUUCUAUCGCGUUAAGUGAUUGUAAAUAAUAUUUUAUUCUUGUAGUCUGUUCCUUUAACGGUAGACCUAAGGUCGUUUUAUUACUUCGCAAUACUAUUACUAUCUAAGCAAUAAUUUUAUCGUAAGUAGUGUUAGGUUUCCUAUCUCGAAUCUAUCCGGGGCGACCGUUGGAGACUGUCAUAUCAUAAUCUGUUCUUAAUUUAAAUCGAGUCUGCAAUAUUUUUAUAUUUUACGUCAACGGUUUUCUUCGGAUAGCUGUUUAGCUAAAGUUCCAUACUCAUGCUGUUUCUAAUAUUAGAGUUUUACUAACCAGUUAAUAGUUAGGACCUGGUAAUACUUAGAUUUACGUGUGCAGGCCUAUUAAACAAUUGAACUAUUUUAUUAUUGUUCCAUAAUAAUAGAUAUUUGCUCUCUGUGUAUAUUUUUUUCUAUAUUUCAUUUGAACAAGGCCUCGUUACAAAUUAUGCUAAGUGAAACGUGAAUACGUACAAUGUGUAUGUGUUGUGCAAUAAUCAAGUCUAGAGUAUAUUCAACGUACGAGCGUAGAACCUUCUCGCUGACUUAUUCCACCAUUUAUAGACUUAAUGCAUUAUGGGACGCUUACUCUGUAGUCGAUGAAUUUAAUCUUUGUUUGAAAUGAAUUUUAUAAUAAUUUAAUGCUAGUCGUUUUAUCUCCUACAAUUUUAUUAUUUACAACAAUUAUUAUUGCCUCUGAGUCGGCGAGAAGUAUGUAAAUAAAAUCGCGUAGUUCGAUAGUGUUUGUCCAUAAAUGUCUCAUUUAAAUUGUGGUGUCUACUCUGUGUUAGAGGUAUCAUUUAAAUGCUAGUUGACUGAAUGAUAGGCAUGGAAUAUUUUUUACGAAAAGUUUAUAAAAAUAUAAUAAAAAGUGAAUGAAAUAAAUUUUAAUCUACGUACGCCCCUGAGCACGUGGGGCUACAAGUGAUAUUUUUGCAAAAUGUGACUAAACGAAGCAAUACUUUGUAAUGUAAUACGUCUAAAUCCUUUAGUUAGUGACUGUAAGGUGUAAUUUUUUAUUUAAAACGUAAUGAUAUAUAUAAUGUUUAUAUCUAUUGUGAAUGUAGUUAUUGAUUUCGCGGUGAUAUAUAGAGCGUAUAGUUAUCUUUUUAUAAUGUAUAAAGAAUUCUAAUUUGUAAAUAGGUACUUAACAAUUGUAACGUGUAAAAAAUAAUUGUACAUAUCUUUACGCUUGGAUUAUUUAUGUAUCUUUAAGUGGUUAGGUUGUAACUCUAUACGAGACUAGGUGCAGAUUCGAGGCUUUAGACCUAUUCGCUCUCUGAUCGGUUUUCUAACCAACCUAAGCAUUUAUAAUCUAUUCAUUUUCCUGCAUUUAUACUCUGUUACGUGGAUAACGAAUCGAUCAGGUACUAGUGUCAUCAAUUUUACCAUAGACUAAGCUUCUAGGAUGUUAGUGAGCUUACAGAUGCGAUCGCAUUUAAGAGUGCAAUUAUACACUAGCCGUGGGGCGAAAGAGACGGAUCCUCUUCUAACUUCGUCGUAUUCCAUCUCUUUCGGACUUGGGUCAAGUUAUAAUUGCUAUCGAAUAGAUUCCUGCGCAUUUAAUUGAAUCUGUUGUAGAUAUCGCGUAGUACCGGUAUGUGUAUAGUCUGCAGUCAGUAAGUCUAGUACGUGGGUGCGUGUAAGCGUGCAUAAUAUAGUAUUCUAAUGGAAUAUGUAAUAAAAGUAAUAAACUGUCA